GGAAGUAGCCUCCGCUCUUCGAGGACAAUUGGCUGGCUCCGCCAGUGGACGAGCGAAAAAGACAAGCACGGAUGAACCAGAAGCAUGAAAAACAAGCCAAAUUAACUGCGCGAGAUGCGGCGGCAUGGAGGAGGCGGAGCAAAGCGUCUACGUGGCCCAGCUGAAGGCGGAGUUCGACAGCUGCGACACGGCCUCCUCGGGCUUCCUGGGGCCGCAGGAAGUGACGGCGCUGUGCAGGAAGUUGCAUCUGGACGCUCACCUGCCGCUCAUGCUGGACUCGCUGCUGGGACGAGGAGGAGGCGGGGCCUACGGCAGGGUGGACUUUGAAGCGUUCAAAGACAGCUUUGUGGAGGUUCUGUCCCGCUCGCUGGACUUGACGUCCGACGACGACGGCAGCAGUUACCCGCAGCCAGUUGCCGUCGACGACGACGAAGUGAAGCCAAAGUUCACCAAGGGCAAAAAACGUUACGGCCGCCGCUCGCGUCCCGACGUGACGCCGUCGCAAACGUCGGCCGGCUCGCCGGCGCCCGGCGGCGACGGCGCCCGGACCUCGCCGACGGGUCUGCGCGGGUCCAAAGUCCGCCGAGCCGCCUCUCUGGACAGUGUGGAGAGCUUGAAGUCGGAUGAGGAGGCGGCAAGUCCCGAGCGCGGCUCCUCGGCAGACUUUCAGCCAAAAGAUGACACAAAUGCCGCUUCCGAGGAAGAAGCCGAGGAGUCGGGGUGUGAUCACCUGAUUGGUCGAGAGCCGGGCACUCAGGUGCGCCACAACUCGGAGCAGGUCACACUUGCGCACUUCCAGAACCUUCUGUGUGGCUCCUCCCCCAUCUGCUGCUCUACACCGCACAGGACGCCGGCAGCGCCGGAGGUCGGGUCGCGACCGGAGGAUGGCUUGGCGCACCGCACCUCGCCGUCGCUGUUGACGGCCACGCCAGAUCCUAAAGUCCUCAGCCGGCUGGAUGACGGCUCGGGUUGCACCAGUCCCGAGAGAUUGGUCGCUCUUUGGACCGACGAGGGCGUCCGCGACGCUCGUGAUAUCCUCCAGACGCUGGACUUCCCUGCGGAGGAGCGGGUGAGUUUGUGCGAGCUGACGCUGGCCCUCGACAACGAACUCCUGGGCAGCGGCAACGGAAUCCACCGCGCGGCACUCAUCAGCUACAAGAAUGAAAUCCAGCACCUACGGGAGUGUUGGGAGCAGGCGCGCGGCGAGCGCGACAAGGCCAAAGCAGACCUGGACCGGGCCGAACGCAGGAACCUGCAGUUGCUGCGCGAGGCGGACGAGCGACUCGCAGGCACGGAGGCACUCAGCCGGACCAGGAUCAGAGAGCUGGAGCAGGACUUUCGGGAGCGUCUGACGGCACAGCGCGGCCAAGCGGAGCAGGAGAGCGACGCUGCCGCGCAACAGCUGGAACAGGAACGCCGAGAACUGGGACGGCAACUGAGCGCGCUCGAGGCGCGGGAGGCGGACCUACGGGAGGAGCUCGCUGCCGCCGCGCAGGAGAAGGCUCAUCUGGAGGAGGAGCUAGGGGACCUAAAGCACAGGCUGAGUGAGGCCGAAAACGGAGCCCAACGUCUGCGAGACGACUUGAAGCAGCUGCUGCACCACAAGUUUGGCGGCUUGGACGACGUCGGCGUGGCACUCCACCCCGAAGACCAAUUCGCGCGACUCCUGCAAGAGUCCGAGCGCCGGUGCAGAGAGCUGCGGGACAAAAACGACGAGCUGUGCGUCGAGUUGGAGUUGCUAAGGAGUCACAAGAAGAGCCACGGGAAGUCAGUCGAGCGCGCCGUCACGCUAAGCCGAGCUGAACCGGCGUCUUCCGGCGAGUCCGAAUCUGACGAUCAAGACAUGAAGCACCGCUCACCUUCUCCCGGUCGCGCCGCAGUCACUCCGGAUGACGCGGUGGCGGCCGUCAGCAUCGAGACGGAAUUUGCGGUGGAGAAGCUGAAGGCCAAACACAAGCAGGAGAUCCAGCAACUCAACGUCCAGAUGGAGACGCAGGUCAACUACUACGAGCGCAGUCUGGACAGGAUGAGGCGGAGCAUGGAAGUGGAGCGCAAAGACAUCGCUCAGGCCUUCAAGAUGGAAAUCAGCGAGCUGGAGGAUCAGAAGGCCGAGGCGGAGCGUCAGGCCAAGAUUCUGAAGGAGGCGCUGGAUAAACUUCACGAUGGGCUCCAACAUGGCAGCUGGUCUUCGGAGAUGGAGCGCAGGAUGCAACGGGAGCGAGCCGACUCGGAGCAGAACUUUGCCCGAGAGAUCGGAAACUUGGUCCAGAGGCUGAGCGCUGACAAGGACCAGUUGGAGGCGGAGCUUAAACUCAAGAUGGACCAGGAAGUCAUGAAAGUCAGGGAGGAGGCGGCGCUGGAGCUCUCGCAGAUGAAGCUGCAUCACGCCGAAGGUCAGCGACGCCUGCUGCACCUGCAGAGACAGCAGCAGCAGCUCCGGCAACAAAAGACCUGCCUGGAGCGGGAGAAGAAGAAGAAGAAGAAGAUGGAGGAGAGAAGGCUGCAAGAGAAGGAACUUCUCCAGCAAGAAAAGAGAACGCUGGAGGAGGAAGAGAAGGAAAUGAUACGGAUGGAGGACCAAAUGAAGAAAAGGACCCUGGAGGAGCAGAAGCAUGACCGGGAGGAGCCAAUCUGGCCGCAGAAGCUCGAGGACCAGGAGGUCGUCCAUCCGGAGGCCGGAUCUUGUCCAGGGGAGCGGGCCGCAGAGCCCGACGUUCUCCGCGUGGGGCUCCUGCGGGAGGCUCUGAAGCGGGAGCGCGCCACCGUCUCGCUGCUGCGCUCCAGCCUGGCCCGGGAGAAGGAGGAGGUGGUACGUUUGAGCCUGGAGAAGCGCGGCUACAUGACCAUGGCGGACCAGCUCUCCGCUCAGAUUGUGGAGAUGGAAGAGGAGAUGGAAGCCCUGCAGGAGGACGCCAAAGUCGGACUCGAAAGCUUUGACAAGCAGAAGAUGAAGAAACAACUAUUGGAGAUGGAAAACCUGGUUGUUCUACUCCAGGACCUGGACCGAGACCGCGAGGCUCCCCCGAGGACUCAUCUGGAGGAGGCGCACUCUGACAACGCCGCCCUGCAGGAGCGUCUUUGUGCCCUGCAGCAGGAAGUUGACAAGCUGGACGACGAGGUUGCCAACAAAAGGAGGAAGUUGAAGGAGAUGGAGCAGCAUCGUGAGAGCAGCAGACAGGAAGUGGAGAGGCUACAUCAAGAGACGGCGGCGUACCGACAGGAAGUGGUCAGUCUGAGCGGUAGAAACGCUGAGCUGAGCGCCGCCAACGCCGAGCUGAGCGCGCGCCUGCAAGAGCGCCAGGAAAGACACGAGGCCUUGGUGCGGCAACUGCAGGAAGAGGCGCAGCUUCAGCGGGAGCAGACGCUACGGCUGGAGGAGGAGCUUCGCGGCUGCAAGCGCAAGGUGAGCGAGAUGGAGGCGGAGCUUAGCGCGGCUGCGGCCGAGAGGCAGAGGGUGAAGGCGGAGCUCCGGAGAGAAGACGCACUUGGCGGUGACACGGCAGAGAGGAGGCGCGACGCUUCCGGUGUUUUCACAUUUCAGGCGGGACAUCCGCCCCGGGACGCGCCCUCGUCACGCCGGGACGACGAGAAGCUCGGCCACGCCCAGGAAGUGACCGACCUGCGCAGGAAGCUGCAAGAUUCCCACAGGAAGGCGCAGGAGUCGGAGUCCAGCAACAGGAAGCUGAUGAAGGACAACCAGGAGAAGGACGCGCACAAUCGGCAGCUAUUCCAGCAGGUGCAGCAGCUGCUCCAGGAUCAGCAGAAGCUGAGCAAGCAAGUGUCGCGUGCACAAAUGGCCCAGGCGCAGGCCGAGGGGCAGGCUGAUCUGGUGCGGCAGGAAGGGGCGGGGCUCGGCGAGAAGGCAGAGCAGCUGCAGGCUCAGCUGCAGGAGGAGCAGAGGCGGAGUCUGCGGCUGGAGGAGGAGCUACACCUCUGCGCUGGCCAGAGCUCCGCCCUCAUCGGCCUCAAGGAGGAGCAGCACGAGAAGGCGCUGGCGGCGGCGCAGCAGAAGACGCAGGAGCUGGAAGUCAAGCUGAAGGCAUCUCGCGUCGUCCUCAACGAGAAGGUCCAGCAGCUCCAACAGCAGAUGGCGAAGAACGUCAAGUCCAGCGUGAUGUUAAAGGAGCUCUACGUGGAGAACUCGCAGUUGAUGAAAACGCUGCAGCAGACUGAACGGCGUCACAAAAACGCCCAGCAAGACAAAAUUGUGCUGGAGGAGAAGGUUGGCGCCCUCUACCGGCUGCUCGAGGAAAUCGUGCCGGCCGCGCUCAACGUGUAGACGUGGAUGGUGGUGGAUUGGUGACCCGAUGAGCCCUUUUUUUGUCGUUUCCGCAUCGCAAAAAAGUUCUGAUUUAGUCGUCACGUUGACAAUGCCGUUCCAAGAAAUUUGUUUUGGUGGUCAACGCCAUGUAGGGCCUGCACCUGUAUCAGGUGGCUUCCCAACGCCAUCCCGGAUAUUCUUCUUAUUCCUCAAUUUGGGUUUCGACAGAAUUCCACAUUUGCUACUCUUUCAUUCCUAAUAAAACAUUGAACAACAAGGAAA